CUUGUUCUUCUUUCUUGCAGACGCCAAGCUGUUCGACAACGGCCUGAAGUUGGAUAUUUCCAGCUACCCCCACAUGAACAUCCGCAUGGGCACGAAGGGCAAGCGUCCCUUGCGGAGCCUGACGCCCCGCGACAAGAUCCAUGCCAUCCAGAGGAUCCACGAUGGCGAGUCCAAGGCCUCGGUGGCCAGGGACAUCGGCGUGCCCGAGUCCACGUUGCGCGGCUGGUGCAAGAACGAGGACAAGCUGCGCUUCAUGUCCCGCCAGUCCGCCACGGAUAACCUCUGCGCCGACGCCCUGGGCGAUAAGAUGGAUGGUGGAGGAGGAGGUGGUGGAGCAGGCGGCGGAGGUCUUCUGGGUCCGCCGGAGAAACGCCAGCGCUUGGAUGGCGCCCUGCCCCUGAACUUCUCCAACAAACUGAAGUUCGAUGAGCUGGCCUUCAAGCGAUCCCCUCUGAAUGGCCUGGACUACAGUACAAACAAGAAUCUGGCCGAUCUUGGGUACAAUGGGCUGCCCGUGGACUACGCGGCCUUUAAUGGCGGGGUCAAGGCCAAAGUGUUUGGUGCCGAUAUCAACCGACCCGCCGCCGAUCCCUCCCUAAAUGCAAUUAGUCCGCUCUCUAGCUUGACGCACCUUUCGGGUCUCACGGGCAUAUCACAGUCCCCGCUGGCGAUCAGUUUCAACGAGCUGACCACAAACCUCAACUUGCUGGCCCAGCUGAAUCCCGGUCUGGCGGCCAUGUCGGGCCUAAACAGUUUCCCAGCGGGCGCUGGUAACCUGAGGACCCCGAAGCCCAGUGGCCAAACGCCGCUGCAGGUGCAGAGCCCCAGGAGCGAUAGUGGAGAUCGGUCGGCGCAGGGAUUGUCGGUGAAGAACUGGGCCAAACAGAAGCCGGGGGAGGGCCAGGGCAGCCUCAAUCUAAGCAUCAAGAACGAGGGCAAGGGAGGCGACAUCAAAAGUCCGAGUCCUUCGAUUGCUCCUUCUCAAAUGGGCGGACCCAUGACGCUCUCCAACCUGGCCGAAGAUCCUUUGCUCUACUGGCUCAAGUCGCAGCAGACCAUGUUGGGCCUGAAUCCCCUUUAUCCGCCCACAAUUCCCAUGGGCGUGACCAGUCCCCCUAUCAGGUCUUCCACGCCACAGCACAUGAGUCAGCUGGCCCAGACUCCGCCGAUACCCUCGGCUCCGCUUACACCCUCGUCCACACCGUCGGGCAGUCUGGACGAGAAGAACGCGGCGUGGUACAACUGGUGCAAGGCGUUCGGGGCCAGUCUGCAUACCCUGAAUCCCAAUGCCGCCACAUUGGCCGCCCUGCAAGCCAACCAACUGCAGCAGCAGGUGGCCACCACGGCUGCAGAGGGGGGAUCCAUGGGAGAUCCCUCGAACAUACUGUACUCCCAUCUCACGAAAGAGACUGAGACGCCGUCGGUGAGAAGUUUGUCCUCCAACGAACAGAAUCCCGAGGCUGACGAGGCCACCGAGCCCGAUCUCGAUGGCGAAGUGGAGACGGAGGCAUCCGGGAAACCGGAAGAUCUCUCAGCCGCCGGCAAAGUGAUGACCCCUUCGCAGAGUCCCAUUGCCCAUUCAUCAGGCAGCAGGAGCCCCGAACCGAAGGCGAAGACCAAAACUCCAGAGACCCCGAAUCCCACAAGCGAGUGCAAGAAGAUCCUAGACAAUAUGCUCUUCAAGAUGGGCGGAAUGGACGCCACUGGUCCGUUGAUGCCGGAACAGGCAUCCUCCGAAUCGGAGGGCAGCUUCCAGGACACCAGCAAUCCGCAUACGAACAACAACGAUGUGAGCGCCAGCAAUAACAAUAACAAUAAUAACUCCAACAAAACGGACGAGGAGGAGAAGGCCAAGUAUCUGGACUGCACGGCGGACGAGGACAUCGAGGCCAUCCGGCAUGGCGAGAAGUUCCUGCAGUGGCUCGAGAACUGCAGCAAUCCCCGCGUGACGGCCGUGCAGCUAAUGCAGCUCCGUUUCCUGAUAGCCGCCAUCAAGUCGGGCAACGAGACACCGAUGAUCGAGAAAUCCGCUUUGCGGAGCCUGCCGGAGGACAGCGAGGAGCACGCCGCGGAGGAGGAGGGCAGUGGGCGGGGCAAGAGUCGCCGUCGCAAAUAGGAAAAGCCAAAGUUGGCGCCCACGGAGCCAGCCACGGAUACAGAGAUAGAGGAUAGCCCAAACGGCGCACUGCACGCUGCAGAGCCAGGACCCGGUGUCCUGGAUGCAGAUGCAGAUGCGGAUGCCGCCGAGGCCUCGACGAGGUGCCACGUCUAUGCGCCGGCCGUCUAUCGAUCGUCGGCCACCCUACUCAGCUCCCUGUUCUUCCCUCCCUACGAAUUUGUACAUUGUGACCUCGACGAUGACCCCGACGACUGCCAGAUCACGGGCGAGUACCAGCAGUACGACGAACUGAGCUCCAGCAGUUAGACCACAUGGUUGCACGCAUCCGGAGGACUCCACUGAAUUUAUCUCCUAGCUGUGAAACCUAUCGAGCAUACUUUCGGUCUCUUUCAAUUCAAUUCGAAUCCACUCCAUUGCAUUGCAUUGUAUUAAUUAAUCGUACGGUUAACGUGUAUAUAUCGAGAAACUCUAUUUGUAGCUAUUAUGCAUUUCUUUUUGAACGGAAAGACAACCGACUCUGUUUUGUUAGUUUGUUUUUUCACCCAAUGCAUUCUAGAAAAAUGUUAUAGCCCUUAGUUUUUGUUACGAAAA